UAGAAUUUUUCAAAAUCUUUUGUAAUGGGUGUUAAAUUUUCCCUUGGCCCCCCCACUUUUCAACCUUUGUCGGAGCCCAUGUAUACCUUAUGUUUGUUAAUAGCUUUUAAAAUCUAGAUCUUCCGUUAUUGCGCUGCUAAAUGGCUCCGAUGCAGGUUAGAAAGUGGGGUGGGGGGCAAGGGAAAAUUCAAUAAUCGUAGCAAAAGAUUUGAAAAAAGCUCUUUUGUUCUGCCAAAAAGUGGGGGGCUCCCCCUUUUUGGAGGCCCUGUGUUAUAUGAUGUUGUUUUAAGUCAUUACUCUAUCUAUUGAAAAAUCAGUGUUUAGUGAUGUAAGUUUAUUGAGAAUUUAAAACAUAAGACUGGGAAUUGAAGAGUCUAACACGUGGUUUUUGUCUUCGGGUAAAUUUGCAGGUGCCACUGGUCUUGGUCCUCCUUCAGAAUUAUGACACGUAUUUUUCCUUUCAGCCUCAGUUCUGAUUUAAUCGGCGAAACGAGGUAAGUGCUUAUGCAAAUGGCGGAUCUGUUGACUUGUAGAGGUGGAAAGUGGAAAGAAAGUUCAUCAAGCUCCCUGGACAUUGAUUUCAUUCAAGAAGACAAAACUAUGAAUUAAGUUGAUUGAAUGACAAAAGCUACUUGACAAUGUUUAAAGGGAGAACUUAAUAAUUAUCAAUGUUGCCUUUAGCCAGCAAAAGAGCAAUUUGAAUGCAAAAAGAGGUGGAAAUUACUUGCAGAACUGACUGGAACAACAUGGCUGUCGACUCGGUUGGAGUCGAGGAAAAUUCAGAUACCCCUAAAAAGAGUUCUUCACUCUUCUCCUACAUAAUUGAUGAAGUGAAGAGGGACUACUUACUGGAAUAUAAUGAGCAAAAAUUGCGGGAAAGGAGGAAGCGAGUUUACACCUUCAUGAAGACCCCAAGAGAGCUGGAAAAGUUCAUGGUUUUUGGUAUUCUCCUAUGCGUGGAUGUCUUUUUGUUCAUAUUCACAUUUCUACCAAUACGAGCUUUUUUGGCUAUCUGCACAUUCAUUGUGAGGGUGCUAAAGUGCAGACGAAGGACAUCGUUUUUGGAACCAGUUCAAAAGGUCGAUCUUCUGAAAGCAAUAAUCAUGAUUUGCUGUACAUUUGGAAUGAUGCAAAUAGACACGUCGGUCCUAUAUCAUAUUGUACGAGGCCAAUCCGUCAUCAAGCUCUAUGUUGUAUACAACAUGUUGGAUAUAGCAGAUAAACUGUUAGCUUCGUUCGGCCAGGAUGUUUUAGAUGCUCUUUACUGGACAGCAACUGAACCGAAAGGGAGAAAACGGGAGCAUGUUGGAAUCAUACCGCACCUGGCCUUGUCUCUCGUAUAUGUUUAUUUGCAUAGCUUGCUAAACCUUUGUCAAGCAAUCGUUCUAAACGUUGCAUUGAAUUCCUUCAACAAAGCUCUGCUCACCAUUAUGAUCUCCAAUCAGUUUGUUGAGAUAAAAGGGAGUGUUUUCAAGCGAGUCGAGAAAAACAAUUUGUUCCAGAUAUCUUGCAGUGAUGCAAGGGAACGUUUUCAUUAUGUCAACUUGAUACUGAUCGUUUUUAUGCGAAACAUGACUGAAUUCAAUUGGGAUGUAGAAUACAUAUGGAACUUCAUCCCAGCUGCUGGGCUUGUAAUGGGGUCGGAAUUUCUCGUCGAUUGGUUCAAACAUGCAUUUAUCACUAAGUUCAAUGACAUUAAACCAGAGGUUUAUGAAACUUAUCGGGCAAGUCUUGCACAUAAUAUUGUUAUGAACAGACAUGAAUCGUUAUUUACAGGUCACACUGAUCAAGUCUCACGAAAGAUGGGUUUUAGUCCGCUUCCAAUGGCCUGCUUGAUUAUACGAGUUUUUUCUCAAUCUCUUGAGCUGAAUGGUUGGCCUGGUUUUGUACUUUUUCUCGUUAUGUUUCUUUGCUUAUGUGCCCUAAAGUUGCUUGUGAGCAUACACAUAUAUGGUGAAGCUGCAGUGUAUAUUCAAGUAUUGAAGCCAUCGCCGACGAAAGAAAAAUUCGGCAAGACAUCGUUUAGGUCGGCUAAUACUGUACAGGACAUUAUCACUGAAGCUGAUAGUAAUUCGAGUAUAGUAAACGAUGUUACAUCGACGACUGAACCAAAGAAAGACAUUUAAUUAUUUAAGACAAAGAUCUAUAAUAACACGAUGUGUAUCCCUUGCUAAUGAGGUCUGACAUCAUUUUUAUCGCACAAAGACUUUUUACUUUAAAAUAAUAUUGUUGAGAAAUAUUCAUUAUUUUUUGGGAGUGGUAUUAAGUUUAUGUUGGUUCUUUGUGCCAAUAGUUUUUACUCGGUUUUUGUUUAAGCCAAUGUCUGACUACAUUUAGUAUUAUGCGAACAUUGCGUGUCGAUCUUUAGAAGGUUGGGACAUAAAAGGUAUUUUGCAUAAGAGGCACGA